AAUGUUGAGUUUCUAAAUCAAACUCUUAAGUAACGUAAUAACUAAAAACCUUACAACUGAAAAUUCGAGAAGAUUUCGAAGCGAGAUGAGACCGAACGUCGUCUCCGAGGCGGGAUUGUCCACCAGAGUAAACCAAUGGUGGGAAGCUAUUCCGUUUCUCACAUCAGUUAUUGUUGCUAUUUGUGGAGCCAUAUAUUUGAUCUGUCUGCUCGUUGGUUAUGACUCCUUUGUCGAAGUCUGUUUCUUGCCUUCAGCCGUUAUUUCCCAUUUUCAAGUUUACAGAACUUUCACCUCUAUUGUAUUCCAUGGUUCUAUGCUGCAUGUUCUCUUCAAUAUGAUGGCAUUGGUUCCCAUGGGCUCUGAGCUGGAACGAAUCAUGGGAUCCAUCCGCUUGCUCUACAUAAUAAUCCUACUGGCCAUAAGCAGUGCCAUACUUCAUCUUGUCAUCGCAUUAAUAGCAGCUUAUAAUCCGAUUAGCUUCUACCCAGCUCUCAUGCAUCAGUGUUCGAUUGGUUUCUCUGGGAUCCUGUUCUCCAUGAUUGUCAUUGAAACAAGUCUUAGUGGAGUUCAAUCCCGAAGUUUCUUUGGGCUUUUUAAUGUACCUGCAAAAUGGUACGUAUGGAUAUUGUUAGUGGUGUUUCAGCUUCUUAUGGCAAAUGUCUCAUUACUUGGACACCUAUGUGGUAUUUUAUCUGGAUAUGCAUAUACUUUUGGGUUUUUUGAUGUCUUGAUCCCUGGGGGUUCAUUCUAUUCAUCGAUUGAGGAGUCAUCCUUGCUUUCUGCUUGUGUGAGGAGACCUAAAUUCAUAUUGUCUACUGGCAGCAAUGUGUCUGGCCAUAUCCCCACAUAUACUAGUCAAAACACCACUGCAAGUGGAUUGCUUUCUGGAAAUAUGUGGAGGAAUUUGUCUUCUUGGAUGCCACAAAGAGAAAAUUCUGUUGAGACAGCCCAAGGAAGUGAUAGGUUUCCUGGGAGAGGAAGGACUCUUGGUUCUCAAACAAAUCGAGCAGCCUCGGUUGCAAAUUCGGAUUCUAAUUUACAAGCUAGACUUUUGGAUGAUGUUGAUGAACGGGAUCAGCAAACAACUCCAUCAAGAGGUGGGGGAGGUCAGCCGAUGCCGGAUGGGAGGCCCCCGGUAGUGAAUAGUGCAGUGCAGCCUGCUAGAAUGCAAAACAAUCAGGGCUCUGUUGCUACUGAAGAGGAAAUUCAGAAACUCGUGGCUAUGGGCUUCGAUAGGACACAGGUAGAAGUAGCAAUUGCAGCCGCUGAUAGGGAUCUGAACGUUGCAGCUGAAAUCCUUAUGAGCCAACAGUCGAAAAGAAGCACUCAGUGGAGUAGUACACACAAAAUCCACCCGCCAGAGAAGACUUCUUGACGACGUACUUUAGAAUUUGGAACGCGUUGCAUUGGUGGUGUACAGAAUUCAAACAUCUAACACAAAUACCAUAUACUCUACUUUUUUCAUCCAAGCCAAACUUGUAAAAAUCUGUAUUUCUGUGGGACAUCAAGCUUACAAUGGCAGUUCUUUACUGAAAAAUGGUCUCUCUACCAA